AUGAAGCGCAUCAAGCCACCCACUGUUCCUGCUGGAGUUGUGAAUAUGGUACAAUAUUUGGUAGUUACGAACAAGGGAGAUCACAAACCUUUGAAUGUAGGUACUAUGCUAUUGAUCACUGAAACAAAAGUCCCAUUAGGUCGUGUGGAUGGGUACUUCUUUGGAUCUGUAACGAAUCCUGACUAUAUUGUGAAAGUGGAGGAUUCAGAGAUGCAAAUCCCUGAAGUAAGACAAGGUGGACCGUCAGGUUCAUUUGGUGUAGAUCUGAGCUAUCCCAACCAACAACAGUUAGGAUCGGAGAUGGAUUUCAAUCCCCAAACGCAGCCCACAAUGCAGUCUCAGCUGUUUAACGCUGGACCAUAUUCUUACCGUGAAUCUAGAGAAUCAAGGGCAAUUGUUCAUGCUCCUCGUUCCACCAUUUAUGAAGCCAACAAGAAACCAUAUUCUUCUUUUUCAAGAAACGCUAAAGAAGAUGACCGCAAUGAUGGUGAAGCCCAAGGCACAAUGACCAACGAUGUCCAUAGGUCAGAAGCAAUUCAACCAACCUUAUUACCAGGACCUAACCAAACGGUGGGGGACGACGAUCAACAUUGUUUGGAGUAA